AUGUCCUUUUUCAGGACUGCGUUAAACAGCUCCGACAUCAUUCAUCCUCCGGGCUUCUACAUCGUUGGAUUUGAGUCAUUUCCUUUCAUAAAUGUUUACUUCAUCUUUCUGGUGUUUGUUUACGUGGUUACGGUGCUGUUCAACAGUUUGCUGAUCUACGUAGUCGCCGUCAACCAUUGCUUACACACUCAAAAAUUCUUUGCUGUCAUUAACCUUGCAGUAAUCGAUUUAUGCCUGAACACAUGCACUAUCCCCAGCAUGAUACAAGUAUUUCUCGUCAAGGAUAACUUUAUUCCAUUUAACUUAUGUUUGGUACAAAUGUACAUAUAUUAUACGUUUGUGUCAUUAGAGUCAUAUGCACUCACUAUACUCGCCUAUGACCGUCUGAUUGCUAUUUGCUUCCCUUUACGCCAAAAUGCAAUCAACUCAGUGCGGAGCAUGUGUUGCAUGAUCGGCAUUACCUGGUGCUUUGCAUUGGGAGUUACAGCCUUUACCACAGGUAUCAUGACAAGACUGUCUUUUUGCAACUCUGUCAGAGUGUUCAGUUAUUUUUGUGAUUAUGCACCCGUGUUUCGACUUGCCUGUAAUGAUUACUCUAUGCAGUGGUCUGCAGCUUCCUUGCUCGUUGUUUUACUCAUUGGAGGGCCCUUCACCUUCAUUUGUUUGUCCUAUGUCAGCAUUCUGGUGAUUGUGUUCAGGAUGAAAACUGUAGAGCGACGAGUAAAAGCUUUGGCCACUUGUGCAGAGCAUAUCAUUAUUGUCGCUAUAUUUUACAUUCCCCUUUUUGUCAUUUUCACAAUUGGCUUCUAUUUGGGGGCUGUUGACCCAGACCAGCGAGUACUGAGCCUCUCCUUGGCUUCUUGUAUCCCACCUUGCAUUAAUCCUGUUGUGUAUUCCUUGAAAACAAAAGAGAUCAAAAUCAGGGCAUUGGCACUUUUCAGGAAGAACAAAGUUAGUGCAAACAAAGCUAAAUCUAAAACAGUCAUGGAGGGAGUAAGAAAAGAAUGGUGA